AUGUGUUUCUUCGCAGGAGCAUAUGUUCUUCAAGUAAAGGCGACAGAUGCUGAUGAUCCCACUUAUGGAAACAGUGCUAGAGUGGUUUACAGCAUUCUUCAGGGGCAACCAUAUUUCUCCAUUGAUCCUAAGACAGGUGUAAUAAGAACAGCUUUGCCAAAUAUGGACAGAGAAGUGAAAGAACAAUAUCAAGUUCUAAUCCAAGCCAAGGACAUGGGAGGACAGCUGGGAGGAUUAGCUGGUACUACCACUGUAAACAUUACUCUCACGGAUGUCAAUGACAACCCACCCAGAUUUCCUAAGAGUAUCUUCCAUUUAAAAGUACCUGAGUCCUCUCACGUUGGUUCUGCUAUUGGAAGGAUCAGAGCUGUGGAUCCUGAUUUUGGGAAAAAUGCAGAAAUUGAGUACAACAUAGUUCCAGGAGAUGGAGGAAACUUGUUUGACAUCACAACAGAUGAGAACACUCAGGAAGGAGUCAUCAAACUGAAAAAGGUAUGUGGCACCAAUGCAGUGGUAUAUACUUCUGGCUCCAGUGAAAAACUGG